UCCUCAUCGUCAGAAGCUGCUGACCCACUAUUUCCGUCACACUCAUGAGAUAGCUCAUCACGCGCACUAGGUAUAAAUCGCGGCGGAUUAUGCUGUAGAUGCUUCACUGCACAAGUUCAAACCCUCGUUCACCUUUCAUAUCUCGGACCUCAUAAUGCAUCUCUCCCUUACCCUGACGACUGCGAUGGCAGCAUUUGCAUGCUUCGGAGAGGUCGCCUCCGUGCCCCUUGAGGAGACGCUGAGAAGCCUGACUCCGAAAGCAAGGAACGUUUUGAAGCGUGCGACCCCAGUAGCCCCCUAUUUCGUUUUAUACAGUGAUGCGUACGUUUCCACUGAACCAACGGUGUCAGAAAUUUCGGGCUUCAAUGUGUUUGCAUUGUCUUUCCUCGUGGAAUAUGGUGCAGCAGAUCAAGCUCAGGAAUGGGAAGAGCUCACAGCAGCUCAACGUUCUUCGAUUCUCUCUGAGUACGAUGCCGCAGGUAUCUCACUCAUCGUGUCCCUUUUUGGGUCCACUGAGACCCCUACUUCAUCGGGAUACGACCCCAUCGAUACUGCAAAUACCAUGGCAGCUUGGGUUAUUGAAUAUGGCCUCCAGGGUGUAGACAUCGACUAUGAAGAUUUCGCUGCAUUCAACGCUGGUACUGGCGCUGCUGAGCAGUGGCUCGGCAACUUCACUACCCAGCUCCGCACCCAGCUUCCGCAGGGCCAAUAUAUAUUGACUCAUGCUCCUGUUGCACCUUGGUUUACUCCUGAUAGAUGGGGUGGAGGAGGAUACCUCUGGGUAAACUCUGUGGUCGGCGAUAUGAUUGAUUGGUACAAUGUGCAGUUUUACAACCAGGGCACGACGGAGUACACGACUUGCGAUGGCCUCCUGUACAACUCCUCGACUGCUUGGCCACAAUCUGCACUCUUCCAAAUCGCUGAUAGUGGUGUUCCUCUUGACAAGCUUGUGAUCGGCAAGCCUGCUACUGCAGCACAAGCCACCAACGGGUACAUCGACCCAUCUCUCUUAGCAUCUUGUGUUUCCUCAGCCUAUGCCGAUGGAUGGAAUGGCGGUGUCAUGGUUUGGGAGUAUCCUUACGCUAAUGCUUCAUGGAUCGCGACUGUGCGCGGGGACACCUGGCCAAUGCCAUCCACCACUGCGACACCGACAAGUACUGGUACUACACCGACGAGCACCAGUACCACACCGACUAGCACUAGUACCACAACGACAAGCACUAGCCCGACGACGACGACAUCGACAGGCACCGGUACUUGUGCAGGUGUUGCUGCAUGGACCACUGGUGUGGCCUAUACCGGAGGUUCUGAAGUGACCUACGAUGGGUACCUGUGGACCGCGAGCUACUGGUCGGAAAAUGACACCCCUGGAGGUACCUCGGGUGUCUGGGUUAAUGACGGAGCUUGCACCUCCACAGCCACCGCCGCAGCUAAGCGUAGGGCUCUCCCACCCCCCAUCGUCACAGCGCCUGCUUUGUAAGGGCAUUGAUGGGUC